AAUCAGUGGCACAGUGAUCACCAUGGAAGAAGGACGCUCCGAUAGUGUGUACUCCAGCGGCGAAGAGGAUCUGUUCGCCAAGCAGAGUUUGAUGCGGUUGCGAAAUGCAGCUCGCUGGCGCGAACAGGCUCAGUACAUUAGUUUCGAACCAGCGCUGCUAAUUUUCUGCUUUGCCAUGAGUAUAUCAGAAGUCGUACUGGCGAACCAUAUCAUUGUGCAGACGUGCAUCGUUGAAGGGUUCGAUAAUAGCGACUGUCAACUGCUCAACACGGGCUCAAACUCAUCCCAGCGGGAAUUGAUCGAAAUGAAGGUGCAACCCAUCGCGGCCAACGUGACGAUGGUGAUAGUGAUAAUAAAAUCCGUAGUUCCAGCCCUGAGUGCGCUGCUGCUCGGUGCCUGGUCCGAUCGAUACGGCCGAAAACCGACCGUGCUGAUCGCGAGUGUUGGAGUAUUGUGUUCCUUUCUGCUGCUGACGGUUCUUGCGUUCCUAUCGAUGCAGGUCACUGUGACCCCGUGGUAUUACACCGUGGCUUAUCUUCCGUUUUCUCUGCUGGGCGGUAUGACCGUGAUUACGGCUGCCGCGUUCAGUUACCUUUCCGACGUUACCAACGAACAGACUCGCACCAUGCGCAUGGGCUUCAUGGAAGCGUCCAUGAUGGCCGGUGCACUGUUGGGAUUUCUUUCCAGCAGCUACAUCUUGGAGUGGUUAAACGUCGCGGCUACCUUCCUGAUCGCUACCGUGCUGAUCGUCCUAGCGAUCGUGUACGUUAUUUUCUGCACCGAGGAUAGUAUCAUUCUGAGCAACAGCAACAGCACCAGGGAGAAGCUUUCCGAUCUUUUUUCGUGCGAACGGAUACGGGAGCUUUUGGGCACCUUUUUUAUGCGCCGGUCGGGAUAUGUGAGGGAAAUUUUGUGGACCAUUGUACUGUUAACGGCCCUGACCGAGUUGGCCGGUGGCAGUGGUGGUGUAUUUUAUAUGUUUACGAGAAGAAAAUUUGGAUGGGAUUUGAAACAGUUUAGCUACUUCCAGUUUACCGAUGUGCUUAUCAUCAUUUUGGGUAAUGUGAUUGGAAUUCCGAUACUGAAACAGCUAUUGCACUGUUCGGAUACUACCGUUGCCAUCGUAUCGAUCGCCAGUUACGUCGUUGACUCACUGAUCAUGGGUUUUGCAAGCAGCGGUUGGAUGCUGUAUCUGGCGAUAUCGAUUACUGUGUUAAAGGGAACCGAUGGUGCCGCACUUAUGACGAUUUGUUCCACCAUACUUCCUGCAGGCGAUAUGGCCAAGUUCUUUACUAUGGCACUAUCCUUGACCGCCAUCGUACCACUGCUAUCGGCACCGCUGUUUACGUUUGUGUACAACAGCACCAUUCAAUAUGCGCCGGAAAUAUUCAACUUUGUUGCUGCCGGUUUCUUCGGUGUCGGAUUGUUGCUGAUGUUCAUCAUUACGAAUCUCAUUCGUCGAUUUUAUCAGCCAGAAUUAUUGUUGUAG